UUAUAGGUGUGGAACACAGUGUAUCGUUUAUCAAGCGAUUUUAUUUAAGUUCCGUUCACUUCGCACAGAUAAAGGCAAAUAAGGAUAUAUAAUUUAGUAAAGGUUUUGUGGACUCUGAAAUGUACACCACCGAUUCUAUUUCAGGACAAGAUGAUUAUAUUCUCUGAAUUCUGAAACGGCAGUAGUCAUCUUUAGACUGAGAAACAGAUAGACAUGCUUGAGAAUUCCUGAGAAUUCCUGAGUGCCAGCUACCAGAUAUUUGUCAUACAGGUAGGACCAGAUUUACCUGUAUAUAAUAACAGAUUUAUUCUUUAUUGAUAUAUCAAAAUCUUCAGAAUGGAAGUACCAAGUCACAUGGUGCCCCCUGAUGGGAUCGAGUUCAGAGAAUCGGAGAUGGUUCCAACACAGAUGGGAACCUGGUCUACCAAGAGAAUACCAAGGGAGACAUUUUUAGGACCAUAUGUUGGUGAGAUAAUCCGAGAUAGUGAUGAGAGUACAGUUAGCUACAGAUAUGCUUGGGAGAUAUUUAAUUUAGAGAAUGGUGAAUAUUUAUACACAAUAAAUUCUACAGACCCUGAUCAUGGUAACUGGAUGAGAUAUGUAAACUGUGCAAGAUAUCUAGAGGAACAAAACUUAGUCUCUGUACAAAAAGAUAUGGAGAUGUUUUAUAAAGCUAUUAAGGAUAUAGAACCAGGGGAGGAGCUAUUAACAUGGUAUCAACCCUUCAAAAAACGUAGAAAAAAGAAAAUGAGGUCACCACUGAAGUCGCCAAACAAACCAGUAAAAAUAUCAGAAUUUGAACCUGAGAAAGAGAUUAAUGCUUCCCCGGAGGAAAUUACAACUCAUCCUGCUGAAGAUGGAGUUAUAUUAGGGAAGAGGCACAGGGUAAAGAAAAAGAUGUUUGACGAUAUCAUCUUAAUGUCUGAUCUUAUUCCAAAAAGAAGAAGAAGAUCCAAAGCGGAAAUCAUAGCAGACAAAGAGGCUGCUGAAAGAAACGAGGCAAUGCUUGAUGAUUUGUCUGAUGGUGUUCCUAAGAAAAGGAGGAAGAAAAAGAAGAGUUUAGUUGAAGGAGAACUCAUAAUGGAUCAGCCAGUGUCAGGUGAAAAUAAAUCUCCAGCUGAUCCUGCUGGUCAAAAAACAAAUGGGAGAAAAAAAUCAACUGAGUUUAUUGUAUUAAACAGAAGUGGAGUUGUUGAAAGUCCUUCUGAUUUAGAAUCUUCUACUUCAUCUGAGAGUUUUAAACACACUAAAGGAGAUGCAUUGGUUUCAAGACCUAAAACAACUGAAGAAAAGAGACAACUGGCUGAAAUCGAGGCUUCAUGGACAUAUCCCGCCAACAAUCAGGAAUACCAAUUUGAACAUUUACAAAGUUAUGCUGUUAUUAAAAAUGGGAGAAGAUUUUAUAAAUGUGAUAUAUGCUCAGGGAUAUAUAGACAUACAUUCAGUUUAAAGCGUCAUUAUUUAAGAAACCAUAUCAACUGCAGAUACUUAAGCAAGGCAGACAUGGCGAAUUGUUUGGUAGUUCCAGCGCAGCAAUGGCUGGACAUUAAACAUGCUAAUGAAGAGUCCUCGUUAAAUCAAUGCUUGGCUAAAUUAGCAAGUGGAACAUCUCUGUUGGAGAGCUAUGGUGACCAGAGUGGUGUAAAUACACCUGGACUUUACCGAUGCUGUAUAUGUAACAAACUCUUUGAUGUUCUACAAACUCUGACAGAACACACACAAGACCAUCCUGCCACACCUGAUCAGAAAUUCUUUGGCUGUGAUCAGUGUAAGAUGAGAUUUACUUUCCAUCAGAAUUUAUUACGCCACAAGCUCGUCCAUGAAGACAGUCGACAAAAGAUAAAGAAGAAGAAAGAUAAAAAUCCUCCGGCCAUCAUGGGUCACUUUAAUCAGAAUGAUAUCCAUGGAAAACCAUACAAAUGCAGACUAUGUCCAAUGAAGUUCAAAUAUCAGUCAAACUUAGAAAAACAUCACCAAAUCCAUACAUCUGACAGACCGUAUGAUUGUUCCAUAUGUGGAAAGACUUUCCCAAAUGAAACUAACCUGAAAAAACACAUGGUGAUUCAUGUUGGCAGUACCGUCCAUUGUAAAUAUUGUAUACAGAAAUUUAGUCAUGUUGGAACAUUACGUAAACAUAUCCGUCUUGAACAUCCAAUAAAACACAAGGAGAGAAUGCUUAACUUGCUAGAAAGUCGGGACCAAGGUGGCACGGAGGCAGCCAUGAAAUUACGUAAUUUAUUGAAACAGUUGAGGGAUUUACAGGAGACGCCAUUGGAAGAUUUGAUGGAUAGUACAGAGAAAGAUUGUAAUACAGUCGAAAAGAUUAAUACCAAAAUUGAAAGUAAAGUUCCUGCUGAUAGUGACCAGGGCCAAAGUUCAAGGUUCAAAUUUUCUUGUGUGGUAUGCAAGAAAAGAUUUUCUGCAUAUGUUAACAUGUGUCGACACAGAAGAAUGGCGCAUAGAGAUUACAAAGAGACUGCAAUUUCUAAAAAUGAUGAAAGUUCAACAGUUGUACCAAACAUGUCAGGAGUUCAGAGUGAUGACAAAUCAAGAACACUGCUUAAAUCUGAGAAAUCAGGCCUGAGGUUAAAAGAACCUGAGAAAAAGAAAACAGAAGAGGAGCCUACAAAUGAAACGCCAGAAUCUAUACAAGAGUUUUAUGCUAAUGUGGCAUCAAACAUUGCUGACAAUUUAAACAGUUACAUAGACGGAGGACUAGAUUCUUUAAGUAAUUAUAAAUCUUACAUCAAUAUAGACAACUAUGAUGCAGAACCAGAAGUAAACACUGAAGAAGGAAGUAGUGACGAAAAGGUAGAUGUUAAAUGGGAACAGUUUAAUUUCCCACCAAAUUAUAAUUCAAAAUUAAUCUAUGAGAAUUUCCAAUUUAUUGAACAAAAGUAUGAAGACGAGAUGAAAGCAGGUUUAGAGAGUAAAAUAGAUAAAUCCGUGUUUGAUGAUUUAGCACCUGCUUUGUGUACAAGAAGGAGGAGCUCUUCAGAAUGGAUUGCAUUGGCUGAAUUUAGUAAAAAUGAUAGUAACCAUGGUGACAGCCCAUUGACUAAGGAGUAUGGGGAAAACAAACAGAGCAUUGAUAACAGCGCGAAAAAUAAUGAAGUAAAAGAACAAAGAGAUGAAUCAAUUGAAGAUGUUAAAAGUGAUAAUAGUAUAGAAAAAAUAAAUGAUACUGAAAGAAACAUAGACAGCACUGUUGAAAAUGAAGAAUGUCAAAUGUCUGCUGCAAAAUCAGAUGAAACUAAAGGAAAUGAAAAAGAAGAAUAUAAAAGUUCAAAUAAAAAAGAAGAAAAUAAGAAUGCAAAUGAAAAAGAACAAAAUAAAAAUGCAAAUGAAAAAGAAGAUAAAAUGUCUCCUGAGAAGGCAAAUAAUACAAAUGACCCUACUGGUGGUUUAUCAGAAAAUGAGACAGUUACUGUCAGUGGCAAAACACAUGAAAACAUAAGUUUACAAAAUAAAGAUAAAUCAGAAGGGGAGGGUACAGCAGAUUCUGAGAUUGGUAUAAAACAAAGUGUUGAUAAAGAAGGAAAUAAGUCUUCAAAUUUGUGUCAGACUGCUACAAAAUAUUUCUCUGAAGAGACAGAAAGAAGUAAAUGUCUGGAUGAGUUGUCAAACUCGGAGGCUGUUUGUAUGCAAGAAAAUGUCAGUUCAUGUCAUGGACAAAAUUGUGAGAAGGGAUCAGAAGAACCUAAAUUGAUGGUUAAAAUUUUAGGCAAUCUUGAAAACAUUGAAGUAAAAGAAACAAAUGACCAUCAAGACUGUGAUAUAUCUCAGCAAAGUGUUGAGGCAGUCUCUAAAACAUUAGAACCAAAAUGCUUGGUAACACAUGAAACAUGUGAACCCAAUACAUGUAAUACAUCUUACCAAGAUGGCAGUCAAACAGUCUGUGAUCCAUCACUGAAGUCUAGUGUGAAGGCUCAUCUUGGAGAGUCAGAACAAAGUAAACAGGCAUCACAUUUACAAAAUGAACGAACAAAACCAGAAUCAAUAAAAUAUAUCCAUAAAAAACCUGGUGAUGCCAUUAAACAUGCUGAUUUAUUCUUUAUAGAUUUACAGAGACAAGGUCAAAUGUUAAACGGUCAGGGGUUUGGAACAAUGAAAACUUUUCCCCAGGUAAAACCUGACAUUAAGAGUGAAUCGGAUAGCUUAUGUUGUGACAGAAAGGGAGAUAAUUCACUCAAAGUGAAUGAUUCAAAGGGAGAUAAUUUACCUCAAGAUAAUUUGGAUUGUAAACAACAUCUUAAGUCUAUUGAAGAUAAAGAUGGAAAUAAAACAGAAUGUCUUGAAACUACAGGGAAAAUAAUAAACAAUGAUAUGUGUCAACUUAAUUGUUUAACCGAAAAAUCUUUAGACGUAAAAUCCACAAUAGGAAAAGAAAAUGAAAUUGCAGUCUUAAAUGCAGAGAAAACUGAACCAGAGCUUAAUAAGACUCUUGGUGGUGCUUAUAUACUUGAUGCUAGUCAGCUAAUUCAAAAAUUAGCAAAAGAAGUGGAAAAAGCACAAAACACUUCUAAUGGUCCAAUAGAUGACUUCAAUUUAAAAACAUUAGCCCAUAUAGCUGAUGCCCUGAAAGAGACAAGAGAUUCUGAGAGAUUUUCAAAAGAAAGUAUUCCAACUGUUGUUAAUGACAUCAUGGAAAGCUAUGAAACACUAGUGCCCAAUGAUAAAACUAGCAAACCGGUUCAGGAAAUUAAACUAGGUGAAGCAAAGCAAGAAACAUUAGAUAUGAAAUCUAAGGUUCAAUUUGAAGAAACAGAGGAAGACAGCAGUGUUAGUAAACAGAAAGAAAAUAAUGACAAUGCAGCAACAAAGAUAAUUGAGAUUGCAAGUGGAAGUAAUAUCAGUGAAAGUUCUGGAGUUAUGUCCCUUGAACUGUUCACUGACUCAGAUAAUGAGUCUGAAGAUAUUUUUACUGGUUUAGCUUUGUCUAAGAAAAAUUCUACGGCUACAGGAGAGGAAAUGAAGUUAUUUGAUACACAUGAUGACGAUGAUUACACAGAACGUAGUCCAUUCCAUGAUUAUGAACAGAUACAAUUUGGAAAACAUGGGAUAAUAUUUUACGUUUGUUCAGUUUGUAAAAAACAGUUUGAAGAUGGAGACAGACUUCUCAGACAUCAAUGGAAAAAACACCCUUCCAUUUAUUGCCAUUAUUUACAGGUGGAACAAGGGCAUGGAAUUGAAUAUUUGUUUUAUUCUAAGCCUUGUAAUAGAGGUGUACUAGGAGUCACAGGAAAGGCGUUAGAAAGUGUUGGUGAUCAGGGAACGUACCACUGUACACGAUGCCGAGGAACAUUUAAAAGUGUGGAUAGAUUGAGAAUUCAUAUAAUUAAUUGUGCUCCUAAAGUAGAGGGAACAGAAUCGUCAGAAAAUAAACCAAAAUUUAAGAAAAAAUAUCGUAAACAUCAUAAAGUGCUAAUAAAAAAUGAAGUCAGUUCUCCUGUGAAAAUGAAGAAAGAGACUUCCAUUUCUACUGAUGUUAGAUGGUAUGAUACUUUAUCUAAACCAAGAAAACAGUAUUUGAUUGGUACAAAAAAUGUUAAACCUUUAAAGAUACAAGAAAAGAUGGAGUUUGAUCCAUUGAAGGUCAAUCGAAGGAAAAAAAGUGCAGAAAUGGCUUAUAAUCCGUUAAAUCAUAUACGACGCAGAGAGCUGACGGAAAUAUUAGAUACUCACCAAUGUAGAGGUUGUGGUGUUAAAUUUAAUUCUAUAUCAUUAUUGGAGAGACAUGUGAAGAAAUGUGAUGGCAAGGACAAAUUUAAGGAUUUGAAGGUCAUGAAAUCUAGUGUGAAUGACACAUUUCACCAAAAACAAAAGCAUACUUGCUUAUAUUGUAAUCGUGGAUUUUCUUAUCCAAAAACACUUAUGAAUCAUUACAAAGCAUUUUGUUUAGUAAAAAAGGAUAAAGUUUCAAAAGGUUUUCUAACAGAGAACGACAAACAGCAAGAAUCAGCAAUGAUGAUGAAACUUAAACAACAAGAGGAAGACCGAUGUUUCACAGAUAUUCCAGAGGAAAAUGUCUCAGGAAAAAAAGGUUGGCCAAGAGGGAUGAAAAGAAAAUGGAGAAGGAAAAAUCAUUGCUGGACAUAUAUCAAGAAACGAAAGCCCUCAACAGAAGAAAUGAAAAACGAAAAAUUAUCAGAAGAAUCUAAUAUUGAUCUUGCUGAUGAGAAUGAAAAAAAACAAUCAUUGCAAUGUAGCUCUGAGUCAAAUGAAGGGAAUAAUGAUGAAUCUAUACCCAAGUCUGAAACUGUUUCACCUAAGAAGGGUGUCAGUAAUAAUAACUUUAUGUUAGGAAGUCCUACAAAAACUAGCAAUAAAACUCAUUCAAGUUCUGUAUCUCCGAAAAAAACUAGCAGCAAGAUUAAGUCAGAUUCAGUAACUCCUGAAAAGGAUGGUUGUAAAAUUAAUUCAGAUUCAGUUAUGGAAAACAAACUUGGCAACAAGAAUAAUCCUGGGUCUUUGACUCCAAAGAAAACUGACAUUUCAACAACUCCAAAGAAAUAUAACAGUGGCAAACAGAAGGCCGAAAAACAAACAUCACCACAAAAAUUGAAAGCUACCAAGAGUCCUUUAUCUUCCAAGAAAAAGCUUAUUGAUCAGAGUGUAGAAGUUCGUCAAAAAAGGAAAUAUAUUAAAAAGAAAAUAUUUACAUUUGAUGAUGUCAAGAAAGUUCGUAAAAAAAGAAAAAGUUCUGAAGAGUCAAUCCAAUCAGUUAUAGAUAGUGUUGCAAACUGUGACAAUGUUACCAUGGCAACAGGAUCAAAAUGUGAUGACGUAACCUUGACUAAAACAGUAAAAAGUCAGGUCACAAAAAAUAGUAUAAUAAAAAUGAAAAAGAAAGUUGCCAAUGAGGAUACUAAGGAAGAAAAGAUUGAAGCUGAGGAAAGCAACACUACAAAGGGAGAUAAUACUACUACAAAGGGAGGUAACAAUACUUCUCAGGAAGAUGAAGAACCUACAACAAAGAAAAGCAAAUUGUCUGUAAAAAGUGUGAAAAGCAAUAAAUUAAGUUUAUCAGAAGCUAAAACAAAGGUCAAGGUUAAAAAUUCACCUUCUAAGACAAAGACAGUUAAACAAACAAAAACAUUUGAACCAUCAAAGGGAGGUAAAUCUAUUAAAGGUUUAGGAAAAAAAUCAAAUACCAUGAAUAAGUCAAAAGUUUUAUUUUAUCCACAAAAAAGGUUGAAAAAAAUUAAAAGGGAACUUUCACAAAAACUUGAAGUUGAAAUGAAACAGCAUGAUGUAUCAGUAGAAAAUGACGUUAAUUCUAGUAUACAGAAAAAAUGGUUGGAGAUCAAAUCUGAUUUGGCAAAAAAUAUAGAAACUGCUUUGCAGAAUGUGUCAGUUGACCUUGGCAUUCCUGUUUCACAUGUUAUAGAUCAUGAAUUUCAAAACAGAUUAACGAAACAGCAAAGAAUGGAAAUGAAAAAGAAGUUGAAUGAAAUUGGAUCGCAAUUAUUUUCUGUAAUCGAAAAACAAUGCAAUAAGCCAAAACCGAGGAAAUUAUCAAAAAAUAAUGCAAUUGUUAAAUCUAAUCAAAACCUCAAUGUUGAAGGUAAUACGGACAUUAAACAAGAUAUCAAUCAGUCAAAAGAUAAUAUUGUUUCAGAAAAUACUAGUAGUGAAACAACAGAGCCUUCAAAUUGUGAAGUUAGUUCUGAUAAAGAAACGGAGGACACAACUUCUGCAAAAACUUUUCAAAAGAAAGCAAUAAUAAAGAUUACUUCUAAUUUUGUUAAGGUUAGCAAAGGAAGUGUGAAAAAUUCUCCAAAGAAAGGCAUAACAAAAGUGGAUGAUCUUGACAUUGCUGGGAAUAAACUAAAUACAUCUAAAACAUCAUGCAAGAAAAAUAUUCCAGAUAACCCUUUGACUUUGGCCUCUGUCAAAACAAUGCCUUCUGAGAAAGGAAAUUUAUUGCUGUUAAAGAAGAAAAGUGUUAAUGUAAUUGAUUCACCAGACAAAGUGGUAGCAGCAAGGUCAAAUCUAUCAUCACAAGGUCAUGAUGACCUGGAAUUAAACAAAACUAGGCAAACUGUGAAUGAUAAAUCAAAUGAAAAAAAUCUCGAAAAUCUCAAAGACAAACAACAUUCUGAAAGUCCUCAAAACAACGACAGUGGUUCAUUACAGAAGGAAAUAAGUGUGCCAGCAAAUAAGAUCAAUAUAGUUCCAAUAUGUAAAAGUGAUUUGAACAUAUGUCAAAAGAAGUCUGGUAAUCUAGGCACAUCUAACAAAUCCAAAUCAGAGUUACCUCCCUUUAAGUCAACACCUUCAAAGGAGGAUAGCACAAUACCAAAGAAAAAAGUCCCUAUAUACAACCAAGAAAUAAAUACAAAAACAGCAGAUAAGAAAGACGCUAAAACUCCACAAGCAAAAACUAUUUUUCUCAAAGCUGUUGAUAGUGAUCUCAAAAGGAGGCUUGAACUAGCUGGGCACAUUCCAUAUACAAAGAGGAAACCAGAUAUAAAAAUUGUGCAAUGGAAUACUAAAAAACAGACAGGGAAUCAGUCAAGGGACAAGUCAUGAAAGGAUAGAGCUAUGACAAGAACAUUUAUACAUUUAAUGAAACUUGUCUGAAAUAAGAGCAAUUUAAUAAUGCAGAAUUAAAACAUUAAUGUCAAUGAUUGUAUAGGAGGGUUGGCUAAGAUUUUAUCAUGUUGAAUUUUUUACUCCUUUUAGUGACAGACAAAUUAUGGCAUUCAUUGCUUUGAACCAUUCUUAGAAUGUAAAAUAACUCACUUCAAAUAUUGCUAAGUGAUAAUUUCUAACUACAGUGUGUUUUUAUCAUUGGAAAUCCUUGAUUACUAGCAAAAUUUCUGAAUGGAAAUCCUUGAUUACUAGCAAAAUUUCUGAAUGGAAAUCCUUGAUCACUAGCAAAAUUUCUUAAUGUAAUUAAUGUGAUUUCAAAGAUUUUAUGAAGAAAAUCACAACUGAAAUUUAAGAAUGUGAGUUUUUCAUUAUUGCAAACUUGAAUAGAUGCAUUUUUUAGAUUAAUCACAAUAAUUUUGAAUUUACAUUAACAUUGGAUCAUUUCAAGUUAACAUAUAGAGAGGGGAAAAGUCAUUUAAUUUUUUCCGAAAUUUCACACAUCUUUAAAUUUAAAUUGAAGAUCAAUAUUAGGUUGUGGACUGUCGCAAUAUUAAAAAUCUAUUUUUGAUGAGACCAUAACAUCUGUGAUGAAAUAUUUUUGUUUUUAUGGAGGAACAAUAUGUUGUUUUUAUGCCCCACCUACAAUAGUAAAGGGGCAUUAUGUUUUCUGGUCUGUGCCUCUGUUUGUUCGUCUGUUCGUUCCUCCCACUUUUGGUCCUUAUGAUAUGAUCUUUCAAAUUUUAAUUACACAUUAAAGUUUUGACCCAAAUUUCACGGUCCACUGAACAUGGAAAAUUAUAGUGCGAGUGGGGCAUCCAUGUACUAUGGACACUUUCUUGUUGUUUUUGUUUUUAUAUUAUAAUGUGGGUUUGUUUUUUUGCAUUUAAAUACUGUUUGUUUGUUUUGUACUUGUAUUUAAGUUUAAAAUUCAUAUUAAAUCGAGAAAAAAUUUCUUUGAUCAAGUCUAAUUGAAUGAAAGAAUAAGAUGAUAUUAUGAGCUGUUCUGUGUAUGUAUAUUUUGGAAAUCUCUACAAGCAUUAUGAGAUGACAGUUAAUUUUGUAAUUUCCUGAUUCACAACAUGCAUAAGGUAGAAGAUAUUUCGAUAAUGUUUUAACAUGUGACCUUAUCAUGUGACUUCUCCUUAUCAUGUGACUUCUACAUUGGUUAUCCUUGGCAGAUUGCUUUGGUUCACAACACCUGUAAAUUCAGAAAUUAUUGCGAGGUUUUUCAUUCAUGUGAAUAAUCAUGAUAAUGCAAUUGGGUAAAUAUCAUAUUAAUAAGAACUGGCAUUCUCAAUUCUAAUAGGUUGUCUGUAUGCAUACUUUCAUGAAAUUGCAAUAAAUAUAAUCUCACAUUUAUGUUUAUUCUUCAAAAAUCACAAUAAUAAUAGAACACAAAUAAUUUGCUAUAUUUACAGUAUUGCCAAACAUUUCAUCGCUCAUUUUGAAUUAUUUGAUUACAAAAUACCUUACAUCAGUCACUGCAUGGUCACAUGAUGUCACUGCAUGGUCACAUGUUCAGUCACUGCAUGGUCACAUGUUCAGUCACUGCUUGGUCACAUGUUGUCUUUUAUUUGUAAUUUUUUUAUGAAACAAGUGUCAGAUUUUGAUGUCAAAUACUGUUGGAUGUAUUUAUACCUUGCCAUUAUACAGUCAAUACAUAAAUGUAUGUCUGCACUUAUUGUGAUAACAAAAUGCUUUGCUACUGAAAAGGAAAUAUUAAAUAGCAACUCUUUCUUAAAGAGAAAAACUAAAGAUAAAUUGUAAAUGUGUUAAUUAUUAAUGGAUACUUGUUUGUAAAUGUAACUGAAUAUGGUUGAAAUACAAGAUGUACAUUGAAUGUGAUAAAUAUUUUAUUAACCCCAUCAAUGAAAACAGUAAUUUCCUAUGAUGUACCUGCAUAAAUAUAGUCCACAACUAUUUGUCCUUAUGUUCAACAUCUGUGUCCAGUUUGUUGAUUUUAAAUGUGCCAUAUUUUUUUUAAUAUCUACAAUUUUCUCUGAAUAUAAGCUUCAUAGGUUUCUUCUAUUGAUACUUUGAUAUAAAAGCUGUUUGUUUUGGACCAUCAACCACCCAUUAUCUCAAGCAUUCCAAAUGAUUUAAGGUGGAUCAUAAUUAUUAAGUAAAUGUUUUUUGAGACAGAAUUUUCUUAUAAUUUUCCAAAAUGAAGAUUUUACAAUGCCUUUUUCAAAAAUAUGAUAAAAAGUGUUGGUCACCGUGCUAUUUUUCACGCUAUAAGUCGUUGAAAAUUGCUUAAAUUUGGUUAGUUUGUUCAUGUAAUAACACAUAAGAGUGCAUAAAAAAAGUUCUAUAGAAAUUUAAAAUAAAUUGUGAGAAGAUAGGUUUCAUAAUAUGUUUUAAGAAAAUAAAAAGAAAAGAUUGUGUUACCGAACUUGUUUUGUUGCCACAUGUAAAAAUAUCAAUUUUCCCUAUCAGCUCAGUAUAAAUUUUGUACUAAAUGAGUUAUCUCCCCUUACAUGGCUCAUUUGAAAAAAAUGAUUUUAAAAACCAAAAAGGUUGAUAUUUGUUAAAAUGUUUUGAAUAAUACAAUA